UCCACAAUCCAUACCCAUCUCGAAACAACUUCAAAAUCCCCUUCCAACUAUGAACAUGGGUUCAUAGCGUCUUUUUUACGCAUCUAGCAAUGCAGAUGACAGGUUCCAUAGUUCUGAAUCCGCAAUUCUGUUGUGUAACUGAUUUUAGGUUUCGUUCUUACUCUCUUUCUAAUUAUCUUUCUCCAUCUGCGCAUUUGAUCUGCUCUCUUACACGGCCUCGAAUUUCUCGCCUUGUCAAAGUUACUGCUGUGUCGUCCAUGGAGGUCGAGCAAGGUGGAAAAUCUGCACCUGCUGGUAGCACAGUUCCGCCCAUGAAGCUCUUGUUCGUCGAGAUGGGCGUUGGCUACGAUCAACAUGGCCAAGAUAUCACGGCCGCUGCAAUGCGAGCCUGCAGGGAUGCCAUCUCUUCCAAUUCGAUUCCAGCAUUCCGUAGAGGUUCCAUUCCUGGAGUCACAUUUGGAGAAAUGAAACUACAGAUCAAACUUGGAGUUCCAGUGUCUCUUCAGCAAUCCUUGGAUAUUGAAAAAGUCAAGUCCGUCUUCCCAUAUGGAAAGAUUCUGAAUGUUGAGGUCGUCGAUGGUGGCUUAAUAUGCUCCAGUGGUGUGCAUGUGGAAGAAAUGGGAGACAAAAAUGAUGACUGUUACAUAGUAAAUGCUGCUGUAUAUGUUGGCUACUAAUUUUUGUUGCCUCAUAUUCCUCUUCGAGGAUCUUGAGGGUUAUUCACCCAUCCUCGUAGACCGCUAAACAGUGUAAAACCUUGCAUGCUCCAGAUGCUUAGUCAUCUACGAUUGUAAUUAUACAGUUAGCGAAGCUUGACGUAUCCAUUGACAUUUCAGUUUCCUACGUGGUUAUUUCCCAUCUUGAUUAAACACUAAAUUUUAGUUUUUAUUGAUUCAACAUUCUGUAAUCUACUGUUUGGAACUCGUAUUUUAGUUAUCAGUAUCUAUAAUCAUUAAA